CCUCUCUUUCUCUCUCUAACCACCAUGCCCAACCACCACCACCACCUCCACACGCCACUCCGGCCACCUUCCGUCGCCGCCUCCUCCGCGUCGCAGUCGUUGACCUCAAAGGUGCUCCUCCUCCUCACCCUCCUCCCCCUCACCCUCGCCGCCAUGGCCUUCGCCCUCCAAUGGCGCGGCGGCCUCACCGAUCCCACCACCCGAUGGGCCCCACCCGGCUCCGACAAGCUCUUCCCCGGCAUGGACCCCUCUCCCCACUCCUCCGCCGCCGCCGUCUCCCACUCGUCCUCCUCCUCCGACGACUGCCUCAAGCUCGGCCGCAGCGCCUCCCCCUCAUUUCCGUACUUCCACGAUUGGAAGUUCGAUCUCGGAUCCAAUCUCAAACCCAAGAUAUGCAUUACAACAAGUACAUCAGCUGGCUUAAAUCAGAUUCUACCGUGGAUGUUUUACCAUAAGGUUCUGGGUGUUUCUACUUUUUUCCUUUUUGUGGAAGGGAAAGCUGCGUCUCCUAAAGUAUCUAAAGUUUUGGAAUCUAUUCCUGGGGUAAAAGUUAUAUACAGAACGAGAGAGCUGGAAGAGAAGCAGGCUAAGAGCCGGAUAUGGAACGAGACCUGGCUUUCAAGUUUCUUUUACAAGCCUUGCAACUAUGAGCUGUUUGUGAAGCAAUCUCUCAACAUGGAGAUGGCUAUCGUCAUGGCAAGGGAUGCUGGCAUGGAUUGGAUACUUCAUCUUGACACUGAUGAGUUAAUACACCCAGCUGGUGCUCGGGAGUAUUCUUUGAGACAGUUGCUGCUUGACGUGCCAGGAUCUGUUGAUAUGGUUAUAUUUCCCAACUAUGAGAGCAGCGUUGAACGGGAGGAUAUCAAGGAACCUUUUACUGAGGUAUCAAUGUUCAAGAGGAAUUAUGACCAUCUUCCAAAGGAUACAUACUUUGGGAUGUACAAAGAAUCAACUCGCGGUAAUCCCAAUUACUUUUUGACUUACGGAAAUGGGAAAUCAGUUGCCCGAAUCCAAGAUCAUCUCCGUCCUAAUGGUGCACACAGAUGGCAUAAUUAUAUGAAAACUCCAAAGGAGAUCAAAUUGGAAGAGGCUGCUGUUCUACACUAUACAUAUGCCAAAUUUUCAGAUUUGACCUCUAGACGUGAUCGCUGUGGCUGCAAGCCGACAAGGGAGGAUGUGAAGAGAUGCUUUAUGCUGGAAUUUGAUAGAUCUGCGUUUAUAAUUGCAUCAACUGCGACCGAGGAGGAAAUGAUGAACUGGUACCGUGAACAUAUUGUAUGGGGUGACAAAGACCUGAAAAUGAAACUGUUGAGAAAGGGAAUCUUGACUCGCAUAUACGCUCCCAUGACGAUAAUACAAGGUCUACACGAAUCGGGCGUCUUCAACUCCAUCAUUGCAUCUGCAGAAGCAACUCUUUCAAAGCAGAAGUUUUUAUCAACCAUCAAUAGCAGCAACACAUCCAGAGCUGUUGCCUCUGAGUCCCUCCCCUCAAGGAAGAUGGGCAGACUCCGAAAUAACCAAGCUGCUGUGAGGAAGGUCUUAGAAGACACCGAAAGCGCUUCGAUUCAAGAAGCAGCCGUUCCUCCAUUGUCACCCCCUGCAAGUGAUGGUGACCAUUUUAUCAUAGAAGCAUAUUAAUUCUCAUAACAUAAUUGCUUAUUCUUCUUUUCUUCUUGUUCUUUCUCCUUCCUAUCUGGGAAGUAGUUAGUUUCUCAAUGGUGUCCAAUCACAUUUUUUCUUGGAGGGAAGAAUGAAGAUAGAAAAGAAAGAGCAAGCAGACUUGUUAUGGGGAUUCAUGUGCGGUUGGUUCUUCCCGAUCAUUGUCCAAGCGGUGGUAAGAGAGAGAUUGAUUCUAGUUGAGCUUCAAUUAGAAAUCUUGAUGGUAAUUAGUUUAUUUAUGUAUAGAAAUUAAAAACCACAGUGUCGAGUGAAAUAGAUAUUAUUAUUUCUAUGUUUCGGCCCUUUUAGCGAGGGUCUAUAAUGUAAAAAAUUUGAAUUUAUUUCUAUAUAAAAUUUGGCAACUUACUUUUGAAA